ACGCCAUCGAGAUCUAUCUUCGGCUGCUCGCAUCCAGCCCUGCAAGUCAUCUUGCGCAGAUCAUCACUCCACCGUGCUGACAUCCUAUUAAUAAAUCGUCCCAAUAAUAAUUAAAAUACAGAGUACACUGGAUAAACAAGAGCGGAGUGAGCCACAAGCAGACAAAAACCAAUUAAUUCGCUAUGGCUAACGAACAAAAUACGUCGCGCGACGAAAUUCGGUUGAAAAAUUGACAUCAUAAAGAAUUUAACGUUCAGUAUCUAAUGGAUCGACAUAGAAUGUCUAACUCUCGCUGUCGGUCGUCAGCUGCUGAGCGCAAGGUGGCUAGUGGGCGCAGCGAAGUUCACCUGCGGGAUGUCUCAAUCCAAUAUCGGGAACUGCACUACCAGGAGACCAGCUAUCAAAACAAUCAGAAAACAGCUAAAAGUGUUUCUAAGGCCGAAAAAGAAGUAACAAAGAUGCUCAGAAGUAUGAGCAUGGAGGGGGCUCCAAAGAAGAAAACAUCGGAGAUAAAGCCGAAAGCGGUUUGUGGAAGAAAAAAAUAGAACCAAGCUACGAAAACUGUUAACCUGAGGUUAUACUAUGUUUCUUUUCAAUUGGCCAAUUUAUGUACAAGUUAACUGUAGAACAAAUACACGUGUAUGUUUUAUUAAAUUAAUAUCUGUUUCAUUUUUAUGCAAGUUUUUUUUUAAUACCCGACGCAAAAAGACCUGCUGUUUUAAGUAUGACGUGUUUGUGUCCGUCUCAUAAUAAAUCCCUCACAGGGUAGUCGUUUGUCAUAAAUCUUCAAUUAAUUCGGGCCUCCGCUAUUGCAAUGUCAACUACUCAACUACAUUUGUUUAGGUAUUUAGAAAAGGUAAACAAUUUCGAUGAGUGUACGAAUAGAUACGAUAAAUUACAAAAUUAAUUAUUUUACUGAAAUAAAUUUAUUUACAACAUACUAUGGAGCAGUUAUAGUUAGGCCUUUAGGGAGUGGUGAUGCCUGGGACAUAUGGGGUACUAUCUGUUUCUUUUUUUCUUCAAAAAGUGCUACUUUAACGUAAAUUUAGAUUUUGCUAUACAUUUCAUUCAUAUUUGUCUGAAAAGACCAAGUUUAAGAUUCCAUAUUUGUUUUACCCUUUAAACCAACAUCAAAAGGGAGGAGGUUCUCGAUUUGACUGUAUUUUCUUUACUU